GUCUCCCGUCUCAGACACGUCCGCCCACGCCUGCAUCGAGAGCGAACGAGCGAGCGAGCGAUAGAAACACGCCCAACCAUGAACAUUUACACGCCGUCGCAGCCGGCAGAAUUGCCCGCCGCCGCCUCGCCUCAACACCGUCGCCCCUCUCGCAGCAACUCCCUAUCGUCGUCCCCCUUCGCGACCAUCCAAAGGUCCGCCUCCUUUCGAGACUCGAACCCUGAUCCCUCGCAACCCCACAAGAUAACCUCACCGCCUGCCACCAGACGCCGUUCUAGCGCUGCCGCCGCCGCUGGAGAUGCCAUUGGCGCUUUCAGGGACGGAAGUGCCAAUCUGAACCGCUGGUCCCAGGCCACCCACGAUAGCACAAAGUCCCCCAGGGACUCGUCUUCCUACCACCACCACCAUCAGCACCCCUCUUUGUCGCGUCAGUUGGCCCUCAAUACCAGCGCUUCGGGCGUUCCAGUCAAUGGCGCGCCGCACUCGCCUUCUCGCCUCAACCCGAACCAGCCGAACUCGCAUUCUUCGCCUACUCGCACCAACAUCAACAACCCCUUCGCUACUACCAACCGCUCGCCCACAUCCAGUCCCCGUCGUACCAGCAGACCGCACUCGCCUUCCCCCUCUGCGAACCUGCUCCCCCAGAUUCCAUCUCUCCCGGCCCUGUUACCAUCCACCGUGUACGAUCCCACCAGUUCUAAGAGCGCUUCGUCGAGCAACCUACCCUUCACCUCCAGUCUGGCGAACUCUAUCAACUUGGAAAGCAACAGUCCCUCUGACUACUUCAACCCAAGACCCCGCGCGUCUUCGAACCAUCGGCCGGCAUCGCGUAACAAAGCUGAUAGAGUACUGGGAAGAUCACCGCUUGGUUCGCCUCCGAUUGGCGUUUUGGAGUCGGAAGCAAGGUACAGAGCCGGCUCUGCGUCUGCUCGGCCGGCACCUGCAUCUCGGCCUCCUACCGCACCUCUUCCAAGGGAUUCGGUGCAACCGCAAAACAUAGGGCACGAACGUUCCAUCUCCAAAGAGCAGGAUUCUCGGGUGCGGAGUGAUAGUACGAGUAGCAGGCUUGACGACGGUAUUUCAGGUACGCCCCCGCGAACGCGGGAACGACGGGAAAAGGACAAAAAAGCGAUGCUUUCACGCGCGCUACAGAAGGCGAACACUGCAGUUUUGCUGGACAAUGCGCAAAAUUUCGAAGGCGCCAUGGAGGCGUACAGCGACGCUUGUAAAUUGUUACAGCAAGUCAUGAUACGAAGUACGGGGGAGGAGGACAAGCGCAAGUUGGAUUCCAUUCGAGUGACCUAUAACAAUCGCAUUGAAGAGCUCAAGCGAUUGGAUACAGGCUAUCAGGUCUCCAACGGCAAGUCCUUGCCCGCAAGACCGAUGAGCAACGAAUCUCUUGACGAAGGUCGAUCUAUGCUGCUUGAUGCAGCGGACGAGGACGUCGUGAUCGAAACAGCGUCCAUGGCGAGAAUCGUAAACGACCGCCUAGUCGAAGACGAGCCUUCCAGGGCUGGGACCGAUUUCAAAUCUUUGCAAUCGUUGCCUCUCCGCACCGGCCAACCUGGUGGUCCCCGAGAAUCGGUCAUCUCGACAGCCAUUCGUGACGUCCAAAAAGGAAUGUCAAGUACAGACGAGUUCCAUCUCCAACCACCCCCCGGCCGACUUGCUAGUGAUGAAAUUCCGGUAGGAUCUCCCAUAGAAUCACCAAUGGAUCGAAUAUAUAUGCCGCCUCCACUUUCACCUCGGCGGGGACCACCGUCGCCCCUACCUAUCCAGAGGGAUGCGGAUGCUGGUGCUCAAUCUACUGGAUCUGGCUUAAAGAAGAAAAUAAGCAGCGAAUCAAUAUCAUGGCUAGAUACAAUCGACGAAUCGGGCGGCUCUUCGUGCUCCUCGUCUGUGCACUCUCUUUCUCUAGGAGGUCUACGUCGAAAGCAUAUACGGAAUGCGAGCGGCGCUACCGAAGCCGAAUUCGAUGCUGCGCUUGACGCAGCGGUAGAGGCGGCCUAUGACGAAGGAUAUGAACCUUACGAGGAUGAGCCGACACCGGAUCUGGCCGAACUCGCAGCAGCAAGACUGAAGAGUACGGAACUAGUGAAAGAGAAGGCACGCCAGGCAGAGCGGGAUGAAAUAAUUGCCGCAGCCAAACAUAGGUACAUGAGUACCCAGCUGCGCAACGAGAGUCUACCCCACGUGCGCGAAAGUGCCGAAUACAAGUUUCAAGAUGAGGCUGAAGAGGAAGAACGUCUACUGGAUGAGAUGACGAGGGAAUAUGGGUUGAAUGAAUUCGACUUUGAUUUGCAAGCGAAGUCGUCAUUGCCGCGGCAAUCAGAUUCCAGUGGCUUCUCCGGAAGCACGUACAACAGCUCCGUGUCGUCACACAGAACUACGGGUGGAACGUCGCUAUCAACAGUUGCCGAGAUAACGCAUCUUCCGCAGCAAAAGCCACCUACAAAUACCAAAUUACCACCAAUUCCUACCCCUUCCGAGCCUCUACCCUCGGUAUCGGAAUCAGAAACAACAUCGCAAACGAGCGACGCUUCCCAGACAACGCCGAAAGCGGCAUCUACAGCAAAAGAAGCUGCCUCAGUGCGAAGUCGGCGUCUAUCUGGGCAGCAUCUCAAGUCAUUGAAGAUUGAAACAUCUUUGCCGCCAGUGCAACCUGCCCCACUGACUGACAAGGUCCCAGUACCAGAAAGAGAACCACGGCCUGAGGUUCCACCACUCCCCAAGUCAGCGGCAGCUGCGACAUUCAGCAGCACGCAAUCUCUACUAGAACCUGCACCCAAACUACCUCCGUUGCCGCAGCUGAAUAACCUUCGCGCUCCCUCUCCGCAACCUUUACUUGCUCCUAGCCCUGCGGAUACAAAUUUCACCGCGUCACCACUUACGCCCGCUCUUAGCAAUGCCAUAUCAAACGAUAACAACCUGGCUCCUAGCUCACCAAAGACCGGGAAAAGCUCUGCGAUGGGCAUCAGAAAGAACAAAUCGUCUCUUAGUCUUAAACAACGUACUUUGUCAAUCUCCAGUCCGGAUGGCUCGGAUGGAUCAGUCUCGACACCUCUUAGCGGGUCAUUUCCGUUCGCACCGCGGAAACAAAGCACUGGUAUGAACAUGCCAUUGCCGACACCCAGCGUGCCUACUUUCAAUGUGGAUGGGCUACCCAGUGGUGGAUUACAUCUUUUCGAAAGUGAUAUCCAUACCCCCUACUCGCCCGGAUCACCUAGUGCCACAGUGGCGAACGCUCCGAUACCACUGGAGCCAUGUCCGGACUCGUACUUGCUAAGGCCUUUUUGGCUCAUGAGAUGCUUCUAUCAAACAAUUGCACAUCCUCGGGGAGGAUAUAUCUCGACAAAGCUGUUCAUACCACGCGACGUCUGGCGGGUCAAGGGUGUCAAGUUGAAGUAUAUCGACGAGAAAAUAGCCAACUGCGACAUGUUGACGGCGGCGUUGCAAAAGUUGUCUUCUGUGGAUACGUUUGAUGCCGAUGCCGUUUUGGAGGAGAUGCAAGCGUUAGAACUGAUACUAGACCAAGUGCAAGCGCAACUUGCAAAGAAGCUCGGAAACGAAGUUGGUGUCCAAAGCGCUGCCAACCUCUUCAAGGACGCCAACACCGUUGGACAGGGCUCUGCGGCAGAGAGUAACUCGGAGAAGGGCUCGCAUGGGUCGCAAGACCACGCGUACAAGAGUGCAAUGUCGCAAAGCAAGUCUUAUCUCACAUCGUGGCGAAAGCUACGAUCAAAGAAUUCAGGAGUGGGCCUGAGCAAUAUGGCCGCAUCGAAGAAUGAGCGCGGCGAAGUGCCAAAGGAUUCACUCACUAUGGCUACGCUACCAAUGACAAGUCUGCCCAACAUCAAAUUUGCGAGACGAGACACGUCCAAUGUGUCGUUCGAGGGCCCUAACGCGAGCUACAUGGGUAGUUUGGCGAAGUUGUUCGAUGCGGUUCAAAUUCUGGACCAAAUCGCUCGCCAAGUCGAAGACCCAGGCCUCAAACUCUCGUCACCUACACACGUCGGCCUCGAGCUCUGUGCCCGCCAUGCCGCCGAAUUUUUCGGCUUCUACAUCUGUCGGUUUGUCUUAGCCGACAUCACGCUCAUGCUGGACAAGUUCAUCAAAAGAGGAAGCGAAUGGGUAUUGGUAUGA